CUUAUAAAGAAUACGAUUAUUGUUGUCAUAUAUUCGUGCAUUAAAGUCCCGAAAAAAUAAAGCUGAAAUAUUAAUAUAAUUAAAAUGUUGAAAUUUUACUAUAUUACCAUUAAAUUAAAAAUAUAAAGAUCACCUUGUAAAUACAAUGCUAACAAAUUCAGCUCACGAAAGAUUUUAUGAGACUUAAAUUCAUUACUCGCGGAGUCCGGUUUGCUUCCAGUACGCUUAAAAUAAUGGAAUUUUCCGAUCCGCCUGCAAGUGCUUCAUACUGCUGUGCAGAAAGCAACGAUGGUAUUCCACCAACUUUCGCUAUGUAUGAAGCGCUAAAAGACUCUUGUCAGAACAACGCGACAUUCUUCAAACCGGACGAUACAGAAAACGGACAACGUUUAUAUCAAGGAUUCAUGACAUUAAGUGACCAUAUAGAAACGGUGUGGCCCCUAGUGGACCAUGUACGAAAAGUAGCACCACAAUAUGAUUUUGAUACAAAAUCUCCCGGAAACGGAUACCGAAGUUUUGUUUCAGUUGUAGACUCGUGUGUGUUAUACAGUCUCAAACUAAGUCGGCAAGUCAGUACAGGACGUGAAGCACUUCUAUUCCGAAAAAGCCACUUUGUGAAGGAAAUAGAGUCGUGCGGUCAACUUUUAGCAUCGCUCGGAACCUGUUUACAUCACCUUCAGACUUUACUUGGUUGGGCACCCCCGGGGGAACUGUUUCCCACCGAACAUCAUACACCCGAAGAACUGUUCUCUCAAGCCGACACAAUAAAUCAGUAUUGCUUCUACGGAAGAUGUCUUGGGUUUCAAUUCAUACCAUCGAUGCGCGGAAUACUAAAAGGCAUAUCCAUAUGUAUGGCGGGUUUCUCUGAAGCGUACUACUGUCACGGAAACGUGAUUAGCUCUGUUUGGACCGGAGGGCAGUACCUGAUCAACCCUGAGUUGAGGGCUAGGCGUAUAGUGAAUAUAUCGCAGUCGGCGAGUAUAGAAUUCUGCAAGGCGUUUUGGUUUUUAGCUGAAAGCGAAAUAAUGAAGCGUGUCCCCAGUUUGAUGUCUUCGACGGUGGCCGUUAAUAAAAUCAUAACGAUACCACCUGAACCGUUGACGGUGACCACGCUCGAAGAUAAGGAGAUCACCGUCCUACCACCCACCGUACAUAUAGGGCUUCAGGGACUGAACAUCAGACUUAUUAGUGUAAACAAGAGGGUCGGUAUGGCCGGCGAGAGUUCCUCAUCGCUGCCGCCGUCGGAUGGCGUCCUUUUCCACUGCCACGGAGGAGGCUUCGUGGCCCAAAGUUCCAAGUCGCACGAGACUUACCUCCGGGACUGGGCGGCCAAACUGAACGUGCCAAUUAUGUCGAUCGACUACAGUCUUGCACCGCAGGCGCCCUUUCCUAGGGCUUUAGAAGAGGUCUACUACGCUUAUUGUUGGCUGUUGAAUAAUUUUAAAACAGUCGGAACUACGGGUAAAAGAAUAGUGUUCGCCGGAGAUUCGGCUGGUGCCAAUCUGGUCGCGGCUUGCACCGUGAAGAUAUUGUCGACCGGCCUGCGUAAGCCUGACGGCAUGUUCUUGGCGUAUGCUCCUCUCAACGUGAACUUCGUGCCGAGCCCGGCGCGGCUGCUGUGCCUAAUGGACCCUAUACUCCCCUUCGGGUUCAUGAUGAGAUGUCUGAAAGCCUACGCCAGUCCAAACAUGAGCGGGUACAGCAAGGACAGCAAGGACGACAAAGAGAACAACCAAAGCGUUUUGCCGAACACAACAAGCACUCCGAGCGACACAAACGGCUUCCUGAAAGUUAGCCAGUCUCAAGAAGGUAUCAGCGAAGGUCCGUCGUCAUUCGAAGAGGUUUCACCGUCGGACCUCGCCGAGCUUCAGGCGCACAAGUCCGGCAGCGAACGUAGGAAGUCCUCCGACACCACGAUCAGUGCGGCCUCGUUGCAGAGCGAACACACCGUCACCGGCACAACUCCUCCCGAGGACAAGUCGCAACAGUACGUCACGGAUUUCUUAGAGCGCUACGUGCUGGACAGCGAUACUGACUCCGAGGGGCGGAAACUGAACAAAGCACCCAACAACGAUGUCUCACAGAGGUACUGGAUUUGUAUUCGAACACGGGCACAGUCGCGUCGCUUGAUGCGAAUGCACCGGGCGUCUUAUCCUUUAGGCCGCGACGACCUCAAAUGUGUUUGUCAUGUUUGCAAUAGGGAGAUCGAAUCGGAAAACUCCAGUACACUGGUCGCCGAAAAACCGUUGACAGUCCCAACAGAAGAGGAGGGCCCCGACAACAGGAUGAAGAUUAAAACCAGAAUAAGUGAAGCGGCCACCGGCUUCAUGGGCGCGAUGCAGACCAGGCUGGCCUACAUCACGGGGUCCAGCGCCAUCGUCAGGCCCACACAGGAAGACUUGGCGGUACGCACGAAUUUGGAUGCUCUGAUAGCUCGCAGUCCGUCCGAAGAGUUCAUAUUCUCGGUGCCUCGGGACCCUUAUCUGUCUCCGUACUGGGCCGAUGAUGAACUGCUCAAGAUGUUCCCACCCGUCAGGAUAUUGACCGUACAUUUGGACCCGUGCCUGGACGAUUGCGUGAUGUUCGCCAAAAAAUUGAAAACACUCGGAAACGUUGUCGGCAUCGAAGUAUUAGAGGGCCUGCCUCACGGAUUCCUCAAUUUCUCUCUCAUGGUCAAGGAAGCGAACGAGGGUUCGAAACUUUGCGUCGAGAGAAUGAAGCAGUUAUUCGAUUUGGACGCGGCGCCCGCGGCCGCCGAUAACCAAUUAUGAAUGUGUGGCCUCUGCUGCCUUAAAACGUAGUCGUUACGAGGCGAGGCUGCACGCGGUGCCUGUAAUCAAUCGAAUCGGAACUUAUUGACAAAAAUGAAAAAAACAAUCGAAUUUUAAAAAUCGAUUGUCUAUUCGUAAAUAAUUCGGUAUUAUGCGAACAAUAUAUAUGUGUAUAUAUAUUCGGACUAUUGUGAGUUUAAAAAAUAAAUACUAUUUUGUGGGCUUAUUACAAUACGUACAUGUGAUUGAUCAUACUUUUACGGUUUAAUCUUAAAAUAUCCGUUAUAUUUCGUUGAAUUGUUUGGUUUUAGUACACUCAAGGCAACCCCAUAUUAAUGCUGGCAAUUCCGUGAUUAGCACGCUAUAUGUUUAAUCCAGAAAAUGAAUUUAUUAUAAUUUGUUUAUAAUAUUUGGUAAAUUAUUUUAUUUUCUAAGUGGAAACACCGAGCUUUGUAUAAGAAUCUCGGUUAUUUCACGUUUCCUGUGAAAUUUGUUUAAGGACAUACAAAUAAAAUAGAGAAACGAAAUAUGCCUAUAGUGUAUUAAAACAUGUUAUUGUACACAAUGUACACUGUUUACAAUGGGGCUUCAUUGCCAAUUACUAUGAGAACGUUAGUUUCAUUGUUACGUUUAGUUUAUUUUAAAUUUUAAUGCAGAAUUAAAGUAAAGUAAAAGAAUAGAUUUGAAAAUCCUUAUAAAUCAUGUAUAGAUAAAUUAUUAAUCGCGUGUGUUCCGAAUAAAAACAUGAAACGGAUUUUGUAUGUGAAAUGUUGUUCUCGGCUCGACAAAUUUACUUUGGGCUUGGACACACCAAUCGAUACCAAGUCGAGGAUCGAUAUGGAACUUGCCCAGCAAGGUAUCCAAGGUCCUUGAUGUACGUCUAGGAUUCAACGCACCUGAGACUGCCGCUGCUAUUUCUAAGCGAAGUGUGCGUACGAUGUUGCUUUGCUUCGUCAUUCGGUGAAUCCAAACAUAUAGAGGGAUUGGCGUGUCGAAUGUCAAUUUUGAAAUUUACCACAAAGACUGUACAGAUUUUUUAGUAAAACGUUACCUUAGAACUUACUUCAAGCCAAAUAACUGAUUAGUACAGUUUAAACGAAUAGCUCUACAUAAAAAUCAUGUAGCGUUCCUUUGCAUUAAAAUAUCACUGAUAUUUAUCACUGAAGUAUUAUUGUACAGCAAUUUACAAUAAGAUGCUUACGUAAUAUUAAUAUAUAUUCCAAAUAAAUAAUGUCAACGUCCUUAAAACAAUAUGCUCACUAGAACUUGCUAUAGAGGAAUAUAUAAAGUCCUAAUUCUAGUUAGAUCUCUCAAUAAGAUCUGUCCGCAUGUUUCGACCAAAUGAAAGUUACUUAGAUUAAAUUAAAAUAGUAUAUUUAGUGUUAUUAAAUUUUACCUUAGAUUUAUCAUUGUUCAGUUAUGUUUGAUAGAAGUUAUUUAAACCCAAAAAUAAAAACGUGUACUGUCAUGGUGUUGCAAGAAAAAAUAAAUGCUUCCAAAGUGAAAAAAAAAAUGGCAAUUGAAUGAUCGCAAUAUUUUAAAAGCAUUUUAGCUGUACGUACCUGAUUGAACAAACACACUGCAUUGCUUUAAUACUUGAUAUUUGUAGUGAUUGUAACCUUAAAUUUAUAUUUAUAUAUAUUUAAAUAUAUUGUUACUAGUAAGUACUAGGUAGUGUAUAUUUGUAAACAAAGAUGAAAAAUUAAACUAACUGUUUAUGAACAAGAUGUGUCGUAUAUUAUUUUUUAAUAUAAUUAAUGUGAUAUAUUUAAUAAAUGUAGUUUACAAAUACGUUAAUUAUUCUGAAUAUAAAAAAUAUCUUAAUGUCAAUAUUAUAUAUUGUAACAAAUUAAAUAGUCCUAAUUAAACCCUGUCACUAUACUAACUAACCCUAUUAAAUGACACUAUCGAGUUAUUAAAGACCCUGUUAAAUAAUAGUGUUUACAAUGUAUAUAACCUCAAAAGUUUAAAACAAUUCAUAAUCCAAAGUAAAUUAAUGAACCAUGUUUUUAGUUACUUCAAAAACUUAUCACAACCAAAUUAACGUAAAAUUGAAGAGAUUAUAUAUAAUCUGUUCAAAUAAACUGUAAUUCUAUUUUUGCCUUGGUUUUAUAUGUAAAAUAC